UAUUUAUUUAAAAAAAAAAAAAAAGAGUGUUAAUACCAGUUAAUACCAGAAGAAAUGGGUUCUUAUACCUGUUCCACUGCUUUUAGCUGUGUGACCUUGGGCAGAAUAUUUAAUCUCUCUGACCCUGAUUAUUUUUAUCUGUACAAUAGAGAUAUUACAGUCUGCCAUUAACAUCCUGUUUUAUAAUUUACAUUAGCCAUUUGAUGUGUAGCAUAUUCUUACUGAAAAAUCUGUUUUGACAACUUUUGUUUUGGUUCAGGUUUUGGAGGCUAGAGAUGGAGAACAGAAUUCUUUCGAUUUAUUUUGCAUAACUAAAUAGAAAACGGAUUAAGAUUUGGAAUAAGUUACAGGGAGGAGGGCUAAUACGAUUUGUCUUUUGAGAAAUUUAGUAAAUUUAAGAAGACCCUAAGAAUCAGUUGAAGAUUGUUUUAAGGAAUUCUACUAUAUAAAACUAAAAACAGACAUAAGGCCUAAAGUGUGAAAGGAAAAUAAAUCUUGGGGCCUCCACCUCACUAAGCUAAAGAGAAAAGUCAAGCUGGGAACUGCUUAGGGCCAACCUGCCUCCCAUUCUUUUAAAAGUCACCCCUCUGCUCACUGAGAUAAACGCGUAUCUGACUGCCUCCUUUGGAGAGGCUAAUCAGAAACUCAAAGGAAUGCAACCAUUGGUCUCUUAUCUAUCUAUGCCCUGGACGCUCCCGCCCCACUUAGAGUCUUCCUGCCUUUGCUUUGAGUUGUCCAGUCUUUCCAGAAUGAACCAAUGUUCAUCUUACAUACGUUGAUUGAUGUCUCAUGUCUCCCUAGAAUGUAUAAAACCAAACUGUGCUCUGAUCACCUUGGGCACAUGUCUACAGGACCUCCUGAGGCUAUGUCACGGACGCGUGUCCUCAACUUUGGCAAAAUUAACUUUCUAAAUUAACUGAGAUCUGUCUCAGAUGUUGGGGGUUCACAAAAGGAUACAAGAAGGUCUGUCAUUUAGCAAGCUUCCAAAAUGCAAUUUUGAGUUAUUCAACUGCUAAGCAACUCUUUACAUGUGUCUCCAAUGCAAAGGAGGGUACUUCUGAGUAAAGAAGUUUUUUUUUUUUUUUUAAGACAGAGUCUCGCUCUGUCACCCAGGCUGGAGUGCAGUGGCGCGAUCUCUGCUCACUGCAACCUCUGCCUCCCGGGUUCACGCCAUUCUCCUGCCUCAGCCUCCCGAGUAGCUGGGAGUAUAGGCACCCGCCACCACGCCCGGUUAAUUUAUUCUAUUUUUAGUAGAGAUGGGGUUUCACCGUGUUAGCCAGGAUGGUCUCGAUCCCCUGACCUCGUGAUCCGCCCGCCUCGGCCUCCCAAAGUGCUGGGAUUACAGGCGUGAGCCACCGCGCCCGGCCAGAAGUUUCUGCUUUUAAUUGCCCAGGGCCACACCUAAGAAAUAACAGUCUCUGAAGGGAAGAUAAGGUAGUGCUAUCAAGAGAAGCGUUACUCAGCAAGCCUUCAAAAAUAUAAAAAUAGCUUAUUGUUGCAAGUUUUUCUUAUUGAACACCAUCCUAUGGAAAUAUACCAGUAAUAAGCAACUACAGAAUCACAUAGGACGGCACUAUUAGGAAAACAGAUUAAAUCUUUACCCUGGCAAUGAGUCUAAUACAUUUAUCAUUGUUGUGAAUUUUAAAAGGUGUAGCAGGCCGGGCGCGGUGAGCCACCGCGCCAGGCCUAAUCAUAAAUACUUUUAAAGUGAAGAGGCUUUCCGCUUCCUCAACAUGAGUAAAUCUUUCAUGCUGCUUCUGGGAAAAAAAGUACAAGAAAAGCAAGACUUCCUCGUUGCCUUCUCUUUAAAAAGCAACAGCCGAUGAACAUGUGUUGGAGCGCUCUCGCCUUAACAGAAUUAGAGAUCUUCAGAAUCACAUGGCCUGGUGGUAGAAGCGUCUAGCCCUAGCUCAUUAGGGUGCCACAGUUUCUCGGCCCACAAGUCAGCUUUUAACCACUUUUCUCCGCAAAAGGCCGGGCCGGUCUUCAUGCGUUAAUGAAGGCAAGCGUCUGAUCCCGUGUGUGAGACGUGUAAGUUCAUGGCAUCAGGGAAUCCCCAACGCGCGUAUCGUAAUAGAGGAGGGCGAGGUUCCUCACCUAACCCAUAAUUCUCAGCUCGCCUUUCCGGAAGCAAGGACUAUCACCCCGACAAUGCCUUCAUCCGGGCGGAAGCGUCUCACCCUGAGUCCGAUUUGGAAGUGACGAAGCAAGGUAUUGUGGGACUUUGUCUGUCUCCCGGUACGCAUGUGCCCCAGCCGGCCUCUCCCGGCUCUUGGAGCCACGUCCGGGCGGUGGCGUCGACGAGAGAUGCACGUCAGCGAAACUGGCCAAUCCCCUGCGUGCGCAAGCGCAGUGGCUCGGGCGCACCGGAAGCGCAGGGGGAUGGGGCGGCGGUGACGCGAUUCUGUCCGCGUUGGAGGGGCCGGGCCGCUGCUGGAGUCGCCGCGGCCGCCGCGUGACGUGGCACAGCCAGAGCCUAAAGGCUAGAGCCGGAGCUGCCGCGCCAGUCGCCUAGCAGGUCCUCUACCGGCUUAUUCCUGUGCCGGAGCUUCAUCGGCACAGCGGCCAGCGAGACGUUCCUGCCUCCCUCUUUCUUCCUCCGCUGUUUCUCUUCUCUCUCGUUUAGUUUGCCUGGGAGCUUGAAAGGAGAAAGCACGGGGUCGCCCCAAACCCCUUCUGUUUCUGCUCAUCACAAGUGCCACUACCGCCAUGGGUCUCACUAUCUCCUCCCUCUUCUCCCGCCUAUUUGGCAAGAAGCAGAUGCGCAUUUUGAUGGUUGGAUUGGAUGCUGCUGGCAAGACAACCAUUCUGUAUAAACUGAAGUUAGGGGAGAUAGUCACCACCAUUCCUACCAUUGGUUUUAACGUGGAAACAGUAGAAUAUAAGAACAUUUGUUUCACAGUAUGGGAUGUUGGUGGUCAAGAUAGAAUUAGGCCUCUCUGGAAGCAUUACUUCCAGAAUACCCAGGGUCUUAUUUUUGUGGUAGAUAGCAAUGAUCGUGAAAGAAUUCAGGAAGUAGCAGAUGAGCUGCAGAAAAUGCUUCUGGUAGAUGAGUUGAGAGAUGCAGUGCUGCUACUUUUUGCAAACAAACAGGAUUUGCCAAAUGCUAUGGCCAUCAGUGAAAUGACAGAUAAACUAGGGCUUCAGUCUCUUCGUAACAGAACAUGGUAUGUUCAAGCCACUUGUGCAACACAAGGAACUGGUCUGUAUGAAGGACUUGACUGGCUGUCAAAUGAGCUUUCAAAACGUUAAAUGAAAUUGGAUAUCUAACCAAGGACAUGUUUGAUAAAAUUGGUCUAGGCUUGUUACAGCAAAAUUAGUUUGUAUCUUGGUUAUUAAACAGUGUCUGGGACUGGUUUGGGCAGAAUAUUAAACUUAUUUUGUUGCCAAUUAUUGUUUACCAAGUAUAAUGUUGCUGUUUAGCAAUGUGCUUGGUUUUAAAGAAAUUCUCCUUGGGAAAAAAGUAUCCUCUUUUAAUUUUACUUCCCAUAAGCAUAAAUGCCUGGACAUAGCUCUUGUGAAACCUUUAAAUAAAUUGUUUUGAGUGUUUUUUGAGCCCCAGACAAAUAAUGUUUUAAAGUUAUCUCCUUGCUACUUUACUGAUACCUUUAUCAUUCCUGAGACAGUUUGCUAAUUUAAAAAUGUAGCAUUCCAUUUGUAUUUAUUUCUCUCCCUUGCCAAAAAGAUUUUCUAAUACUGCUUGUACCAGCCAGAGAAAGAUCCAAAACACUACUCAGCUCUCUUGCACUGAGGAAAUUUUUCCCCCUACAUUGACUCCUGGCCUACAUCAGCCAAACUUAACCUUGGUGGGGUUUGGAUUUGAUAGCUAAUUAGUUCUCUGCUGGUUGCAAAGAAUUGAUAUUUAGAUGGUUUUUAAUACUCAGCAGAUUGUCUUCCUUUAUAUUGUGUCUUUUUUAUGUUGCAUGUUGCUUUUGUUAUCAGCCUGGUUUUUUGCUCAGUAUAUGAUAGUUCUGCUGAUGUUUUGUUUAUUGGGCAGACAUAUCUUCAUUAAGAGUUUUUGGAAAACUCAACAAAUUCGAUGAAUACAUUUUCUUCAUAACCCAUUUGGAAUUAUUCCUAAUAAAAUGAUAAAAUACA